CAUAUAACGUCAACACCCCUCUAAAACUACACCGCGAGAUAUAUUGAUUUCCGAGACCGAAGUAAUCCUGUUUACUUUCAGACGCGACGAAAAAAUGUCAAUAUAGCACGUAAUUAGAGAUCCGUCAUCCUCCAUCCGUGUACUCCAUUGUUGGAGGGAGUCAAGCACUUGAUAGGAUAAAUAUACAUCCAAUAUAUAACGAAGUGAAGCAACAAACAAACGAAACUAGUGUCCUGCGAAACGUUUGGGCGCAUGUUGAAAAGCUGCGGCGCCUCCUUCGUCGGCAAACACCCACGCCCGAGUGUAACAUGCACUAAUACGUCGGUAGUAGCGUACGCGCUCACACGCGUGCUUAUGCGUGCACGCCGAAACAACCGUGCGAGAGUUGCAAGCGGGGAACGCAUAUACGUAUCACAUUGACGAGUUCCCGCCCGAGUCGGCGGUUGGUCGCUGCUUUGGCAGCUCCUCGUCUCUCUCUCAGGUAGCAUGCGAGCACGGGGAAAUGAGAGAAAGGGAGAGAGAACGAGAUGGAGUCGCGGCGACCAGGACAGAACGGGACGAGGGACAAGCGGAUAAGGAUGGAGAUAAGGGAGCGUGGGAGAGAGAUAGGUCGCGUGAGCGAGAGAAAAAAUGCAAAGGGGGAAAAAACAGGAAGAGAACGAGGAGAGAGAGAGAGAGAGAGAGAGAGACGGAACGGAGCAACGGUACAAAAGGGGAGAGGAAGAUGCAUGGAAAACACGAUGGCAUGAGAAGAAGAGAAGUGGCGGAAGGAAAUGAGCGAGAACCGUUGCUACAAAGAGAGAUUAGAGAAAGGGUUGGGGAGGGGAGGGGACGGUAAAAAACGGAGGAAAGUAACAAAUACCUUGGUAGGGGACUAAGAAAAGCAGCAGGAAAAAAGAGGAACGAACGGAAAAAGAGUAGAGAGUCGAGAAAGAAGAGGAACGGUGGAAAAGGGACAGAGAAACCGCGUAGAAGAGGAACGGUGUAAGGGAGUGAAAGAAGGCGCGAGAGAGAAAGAAAGAGGGGUAGAGCGCUCGUAUGGUCGGUUUGCCGCCUGCCGCGUAGUAGUAGCGUGCCGAGCGAGCAGCAAGCAGUGCCGAACGUCGUCGUCGUUUCUCAGUGUCGCCGCGGCGGUCGUGCCAGACGGUUCUCUUAUUCAAGUUUUUCGCGUAAUGCGCGCGUAGCGUUCCGUUCCGUUUCGUUUUGUUUCGGUACACGUCAAUUCGGUGCAAACGCGCUGGAUUAAAUUGGAUUAAAUACGCGGACGCGUCCAGAGGAUUAUUGACUUGUGACGAUCUCGUGUCGUUGCCGGAAUCGUCCAGAAAAUCCCGCGGAACGAAUAUAUUUUCGAACAGAUUUCGUUCAAGGAUAUCAACGUGAUGUGACAACGAUUACAACUCUAUCGGCGUACUUCGUUCCACGUUUCGGUGUGUCUAAUAUAAAAGGGAUCCUGAUUGGAGCAUAGUGUGAACAAGAAAACGUCGAGACUAAUCGCAGAACGCGAGUUUGAAAAGUGUAACGACGCCACGUGCUACGCCACCGGCGCCAUCGUGAGUUAAACUUCGAAUUUCGCGCGAUGUUCUAUGGUCAAGAUUCGUUAUCGUGAGCAAGUUUGACACGUUUGAAAAGUGAAAAAUCGUGGUUCUCUCUCGUGGUCGUGGAACACACGGCGGGUGGCACAUUGUAGCGUGUCUUGUGCCGCGUUUGUACAAGUGGAUUUAACCUUGUGAUCGAACACGUGGAUGCAUGCUGCCCUGUCGACGAUGCUGUGCUUUUGAACGGCCAACCUGUCUGCACGAAAAUUCCAGGUGCAGAAGAAAAUGCGCGUGAGGUCAAGGUGACAGUAGAGCAUGGAGAGCGUACAAGACAGCGGCGGGUUGUUGCGUGUCGAUGGCUCGAAAGGAAGUGUCGCUUCGGGUUUACCCAGCUCGAAAACAGUGAAUCAGUUGAAAAUAGUGGAAAGUGGUGAUGAAAGUGGGAAGAUGGUGAUCCCAACUAAAUCGGAGAUGGAUCCUUACAAGGAGUUGGAGCUGUAUCUCGCCAAAGUCAACGAAGAGAUCGGCGAGAUCAUCGAGUCGGCGCCGUCCACCCCCCUGAUCAUUACAGACGAGCCAAAGUACCCCACGCAGCCGCCCCCGCCGCCGGCUCGGUACACGCUCGAGCCGUGCCCCACGAAAAGCACGAGAAUUCGUCAGAACUCGUGCAGGGGUUGCAACGGCGUGGAUGACAUCGGCGAUUGGUCGAACAGCAUCCUGGCCGAGUUCAACACGAUAAUCGCGAACGAGAUCGACGAGCUGACCAGGGAGCUGGAGAGGAGCAAGGAGGAGGCGAGGAUCGUACGUUACAAGGAGCUGUUGAACGAGUUCGGGAUAUCGGACAGCGAGAGCUCGAUCGGCAGCUCGGGCGGCCUCGAUCGAUCGUCCCGCAACGACGAGAUCCGCGGCCGGCGAAAUGGAAAGUUGUUCAACGACGAGGCGACGACUGGCUUCCUGUUGAGCCUGGGCUACGUCGAGCCGCCCCCGCCGCGCGAUCGCCUCGUCUCGGCGAGGAACGAUCGAAGAAAGAGCGGAAGUCUGCCCGAGGAUCUGGAACGAGUGGUGGACGAGCGCGCGAGGUAUCCGCCUGGCGGCGAAAUUCUCGAUCUCUCGGGAAGGACGUACGUGGAGGACCGUCUGAACACCUCUAGUCUGCCCUCGAAACUGGACCGUGGACACGGCGAGGAGGAAGCCACGGAGGAAGUCGGUGGGCGCGCCAAGUACCUUGGAAACGAUCAACCAAAGAAACACGUAGGGAUAAGUUCGAGGGGGGCCGGGGAGGAUGAGAAGAAGGGGGCGGCCUGCUCUCGGCUCGGGCCGUGGGACGAGUCGAACGCGAAAUUGCCGCCGAGGCAACGCGAUGCUCACAGGAAAACGAGCCUCCCCGUGAAUUUGACGGGGCAGAAGAGGAGAAGGACGCCGAGGUUGGCGAGAAUUCGACGGAACGAGGAGCAGAUGAUGAUGGAUCCGGAUUACGAGAUGGAUGGGGAGGACAAGGUGCAGCGGCAACAACUCGGCGGGGGGAGGUCGUUGGACGGUAACGGGCCUAGAUCGGCCCCGGUCACGCCAACGGAGGAGAAGAGGUCCCCGUUCUCGAAGAUCCUCUGGAAGAAACACGCGCCUGUGUUUCACGAGAGCACGGACGACGUGGUCCUCGUCAGAGUGUCCUCUUUGCCCGACCAGGAUUUCCUUCAUCUCGACAACGAAGCGUUGCGGGCGAAGAACGGUGGUGGCGGAGGGAAGGAGGGCCUGUCGAAGAAGAGGGCCGUGUCGCCUCUCACCCUGCGCUCGGAUAUAUCCGCGAAACGGUUGUCCGAGUCGGACAAGGACGUGAGGCAGGUGAGUCCCGUGGAUUUGAAGAAGUUCUCGCUCUCGAGAUCGAGGGGUAACGACGUGGGCGUGAGUUGCGAUCUCCCGGAAGACGACAACGUUGGAUCCAUCGGGAGCGUGGACAGCGGCAAGUUCGAACGGGUGGAGAACGUGGACGUGAAGAAGAUAUUGGACGAGCAGAAUUCCAGAUCCGGUUCGCUACCGAUUUCUCUUCAAUCCCUGUUAUCGAAGAUCCGAAACGGGUCCGGCUCGUGCUGCCCGAACAGCCCGCCAAUGGAUUCGCUCACUUGUUCCGACAUAGCGACGCAAACUUCCCCAGCUAUUUCCAGAAGUUUCAGCUUCACAUGGGUCAGUGAUUGCGACUCCCCGCGAGCGGAAUCACAGAUGGAUUCUCAGUCGCUGCAGGACGAGAGCACGUUGGAUCCUGCCUCGCCCCAAGACACCGUGGACGACGACAAUAGAUCGUCCUCGUCGUCUCAAGAUCUUCUUCAGAGCAUGGACGAGAUUUCCUCCGGAAGUAUGUCGCCGGAUACGACCGACAGAGCAUCUCCUCUGGAGAGCGGCAUCGGCACCGCCAGUCCUCCUAGAAGCACCGAUCGACGGAUAGUUAAGCCCCCGUCCUCCGCCAAGUGUCACCGGAAAGAGACCUGGGAGAGGAUCCGGCGACGUCCUUCCAAGUUAAACUCGCGGAACGACAAACACUCGCAGGACGUGUGGAUCAAACGCGAGAGCGUGCACACCCAGACGAAGGAGAACGACGACCAAUAUUCCCAGGACGCGGUGGACAGCAGCAGCGGCCUCGACGACACCCUGCCGAGGAUCAAACCGCCUCGACCGACCAAUCUGCCUCUGUGCCUGUCCACCACCGCGAGCAGCUCCCUAAGCUCUGGAGAAUUGUUGGAGACACCACCUCGAGCACCCUCAUCCCCUUCCGCUGCCAGCCUCCAAUUGAAACCGGAACCGCUCAGCGUGGAAAUGGGUGGGAAGAGCAGCAGUGCACCCUUGUUGGAGAACAACGACACGGAGAAAGCGAAUGGGAAGGUGCCGAGUUUGCAGCAGCCACGCUCGCAGUCGGAACGCCAGUUAUCAGAAAUCGAAGCACAAGAGGCUUGCAAAUGGUUGAGGGCCGCUGGUUUUCCACAAUAUGCGCAGAUGUAUGAGGAUUACCAAUUCCCGAUAGACGUAUCUGGCGUAGCCAAGGACCACCCCUUCCUCGAGACUGAUUCCCUGCAGAGUCUGUUUCGACGAUUGCACGCUCUUAAUCGAUGCGCCAAUAUGAAGAUCGACACUCACCAUACGCACAGCACUAGUCACAGCAAAAGUGGUGGCGGCGAUGAUUCGGACGAAGAUACACAGUGCGCCCUCAGCGAGAAUUGGACGUUCGAGAAGAAAACGAGGCGCUGGUCCCGCGUGUGCGACGUGACGCAGGCGAACGUGGAGAGGUUGCAGGCGAUCGCCGGGCAGACGGUGCAAUCCGAGGAGGAUUCUCUGGAGGAUCGGCUGGAGGCCGAGGAGGCCGAGGACACGAUGCUGGACACGCUCAGAUACAGCAGCCUGCCACCUGGCACGCUUCCCGACGAGAUCGGGCCGAGAUUUCGCAGAACCGGGUCCGAGAGGCUGAGGGACGGGGCCAAAGCGUUCCUCAGGCGGGUCGAGUCGUUGAAAUCACGGCGGCGAAAGCACCAGAAUCGCGACGGGAUCGUGAUCAGCGGCCCCCAAAUCGUGGACGUGAUAUCGAUGCAGGAGAAGAUGAAGGAGCUGAACUGCGUGGACGUGUCGCUGACGGGGCCAGCGCCCGUCUCCUUCAACGAUCUUCUGCCUGGCUCGCCCCUUCACGCGCCCGGAUCCCCCGUCACGCUGCCCGCGUCCCCCUAUCACCUUCCUCCCUCGCCCCUGGCCAACGCGCCCAGCCCGUUCGGCGACGAUUCGUCGAGUUAUUGCUCGGACGGGUCGCAAGGAGGUGGCCCCACGCCCACGCCGACACGAACCAAGAUGAACCGGGCGAGAAGGUUCUUGCACCGGGGCCGGGAGGAUCAAGGGGCGUUCAGCGACUCCGAGUGUCAGCCUACCAGUUGGCGGCACAGGUAUUUCAGAGACGCGAACAGCAAUCAUGCCAAGGUGUUGGAAUACGUGACUGCCCAUCCCCAAAGCCCCAAGGAUUCGCCGACCAAAACUCCCAUAAACAGCCGCGGUGGGAGCCUGAAUCUUGGGAAGGAGUCGCAGAGGUACAGGGACAAGUUGUCGCAGGGCCAGAAUCAGGAGAGGUACAAGGAGGACAAGGUGGCCGCUUUGAAGAGGGAGGACAAGAUGCACAAGAGUUUCAGGCAUCGUGACGACUCUUACAGGGAGGGGAAACCUUUGUCGAAGGAGGUGACGGUUUACAGGGAGAAAUCGAGAUCGAGGAGCUCGGAGCUGGCCGGAAGUCAAGAGAGCAGCUCGACGGUUGCCAGCCGUGAUUCGGAUCAGGAGGAGGAUUCGCCCAGGCACAAGGGUACCGUUGUCAGGUGGCACAGUUUCCAGAGGGGGUCCCUGUACCCCGAACCGCUCGAUCCACUGUGUCCACGGGCCAUGGCCUCGAUGUCGUGCGGCCAACUCUUGGUGCUCAGGAAGUUGGCACUGUUGAAGUUGACCGCGUGCAUGGAACGAUAUUGCCCGACUCAUCGCACCGGCUGGAACUGGGAGCUGCCCAAGUUCAUCAGGAAGAUAAAGACGCCCGAUUACAAGGACAAGACGGUGUUCGGGGUACCGUUGCUGUUGUCCCUGCAGAGAACCGGCCAGGCCUUGCCAAAGUGUAUUCAGAUCGCGCUCAGAUGGCUGAGAGCGAACGCCCUCGACCAGGUUGGGAUCUUCAGGAAGAGCGGGGUCAAGUCGAGGAUACAGAAAUUGAAAAUGAUGACCGAAACUUUGGGGGACAACAUCAAUUUCGACGGCCAGCAGGCCUUCGACGUGGCCGACCUCGUGAAACAGUACUUCAGAGAAUUGCCGGAAGCUCUGUUGACCAACAAAUUGUCCGAGACGUUCAUCGCUAUCUUCCAACACGUACCUGUUAAGCUGCGGCCGGACGCGGUGCAAUGCGUGCUCCUUCUUCUGCCAGACGAGCAUCGGGAGGCGUUGGAGACUCUGCUCGAUUUCUUGAACCACGUAGCGAGCAACGCUCCCUACAACCAAAUGACAGCCUCGAACCUGGCCGUGUGCCUGGCACCGAGCCUGUUCCACUUCAACCACAGUAACACGAACGUGACCAACAGGUCGAGCAGCGUAUCGCCACGUAGGAGAAAGACCGUGGGCAUUCCCGAUCAGAGGGAACUGUCGGAAAACAAAGCCGCUCACGACUGUCUUCUGUAUCUGGUCAAGAUGCAUCGUGAAUUAUUCAUGGUUUCUUCGGAUAUGUUGACGCAGUGUCAUUUUAAUUAUAUGGAAGAAAGCGUGCCGGUCGCCUUGGAGGAACUGGGAUCUGAACUGAAGCAAGAUUGGAGAGGAUACCUUUACGCGUGUACCACAGCUUUGUUGAAAGAAGCGCGCGAGAAAAGUCGAGGAUGGGUCACUGUGAACAAUCCAGCCGACAGUACGGUAGAAAUGGCAUACAAGAAAGUGGGUGACGGACAUCCACUUCGACUGUGGCGAGUGUCGACUGAGGUUGAAGCUCCACCGAACGAGCUUCUUCAUCGUGUACUGAGGGAAAGGCAUAUCUGGGAUCCUCAGCUUUUGAAGUAUAGAUUGGUCGCCAAGCUGGACACCAACGUGGAGGUCUUUCAAUACGCCACCGGGAACAUGAGUCCUCUUCCUGCCAGGGAUUAUUGUGUGCUAAGAUCCUGGCGUAACGAUUUCCCCAAAGGGGCCUGCGUCAUCGUAGAAACGUCCGUCGAACAUCCGGAUGCUCCUGUUAUGCUUGGUGGAACACGUGGUAUUGUUUUAGCAUCGCGCUAUCUCAUCGAACCUUGCGGUAGUGGUAAAUCACGGAUCAUGCACCUUUCCAGAGUGGAUACAAAAGGACGCACUCCAGAAUGGUAUAACAAAAGCUACGGUCACCUUGCUGCCCUUCACCUCAGUAAAAUUCGCAAUUCGUUCAAGCACACGACAGAUGGCCCCGAGAGUAAAGUCUGAGAGGAAGCAACCGUGCAACGAUCACCGUUGCACGGUCCUUACACGACUCUAGAGGAACAGGAUGAUCAAAAUCAGGAACACAGGAUUCUAAAGGAUGUGCGACAGGUUCAACCCACUAUUGACGAGGAAUAAAGGAAACAUCGAUGGUCGUAUCCAACUUCAUCAAUACCAUGACCAAGAAUUUAAAGGAUAUUGAAGAAAAUAAUGGAUCUACGAGAAAAAUUCUCAACUCGUUAUCGAAGAUGAACCCCAUCGCGCGUUUCUCGAGUUGAUUAAAACAAUACUUAUAAAAGAAAAUAGAGGAAGCGAAAUAGCGAAAAAAAAAAAAAAAGAAGAGAAAGAAAAAACAAGAAACGUUAACGAUACCAUGCACAAGCUUUAAUCGAUGUGAAGCAAUUUUUGUUGAAGCCUGAGAUGUAUAGCGUUAGACCUCGAAUUAUUACUAUUAUUAACCAUGUUGUUAGAGGAUGAAAAAGAAAAGAAUUUAUUGUUAUCGUAAUUAUAAAAUUCUCUCUGUUUGACGUUUUAUUGUCCAAGGAUCUUGCCGUCCAGUGAUCGUGAAAGUACGUUAAAAAAAAAAAAAAAAAAGAAAAAAAAAAGAAAUGGCAGGAGACCGAAUUAAAAUGGGCUAGUACAUGUUUCCCCCCUGUGUAUGUAGGAUAUAAUAUAUUAUUUUUACAAGUAUCCAUAAUCCGAUGUUAUAUCGCUAAUCGAAGUUCCGCGAACGAAGCUUUUAUCCUCGGCGAUAACAAAUAUAAUAGAAUUUCGUCGAAGUAAGAAGAAGAAUGCUGCUACCCUUAACGAGUAAACCGAUGCCUUCUCGAUGGUUUAACUAGAUGAUUUUAAUAAUCGUAUCGAUUGAAAUAUAUACGCGAAGCAUGUAAAAGAAAAAGAAAAAAAAGAAAAAAAAGAAAAAAAGAAAAAAGGACGUAAAAAUAUUUUUCGAUCGUAGUUAUGCUACAAAAUGCAGUCUAUGUAUUUUCCGCGUCGCACGAUGUUUUAAUCUCACCAAAUGAUAUAUAAGCGAAUAUUAGAUAGGAGAAAGAAGUCGCGCACAAUAUUAUAUUUCAUCGUUAUAGCGUAUAAGAAAUCCCUAUUUUGUAUGUUUCUUUCGGACCAAAUGCCAAUUUUUCUAUUGUAUCAUAUCACGCUGUUGUAUCGAGAACAUGGUUCUUUUAGAACGAUUCUUUUUGUAAAUGUCACGACGAUUUAGACGACCAGGAGAAACCGUGUGUAAAUUAUUCGUACGUUAUUAUAUGGGUACGCAUUAUACAACGUGUGUAUGCGUGUAUAUUCUCUAUUUAUAUACAACAAAGAAAAAAAGAA